GCGUCACUUCCGGCGGAAGCGGGCGCGGGAGAUUCGAUUAGAGGAUGUCCGCUGAGCCGCCGAGCCUGGCCUGUGCUGCUUGAGCGUCCCGGGGGAGGCCGCUGGCCUUGGCCGCAGGUCCCAGUGUAAGCACAUGACUAGGAAAAGAAAAUUUCUUCUCGCCUCAGUGCUUGCUCUCCAGAAUUUGAACUUUAUAUACCCAUCUUGUCAGAAGUGCUUCUCUCGGAUAAUCCUUGGCUCCAAAAGGUCUAGUUGUCCAAAAUGCGGCUCUACUGAUGAAGUGGAAAAUACAAGUUACAGAUACAAGCUUUCCUUAAAAGUUGCAGAAUCAAACAGAUUAUUUGUCAUUACUGUAUUUGGAAGCUGCUUAGAUGCAUUUUUUGGUCUUACUGCCACUGACUUGCACAGAUGCACUCAGGAUCCCAGUAAGAUUCCAGAAACACUGGACAGUGGUAUAAUACGGGACCUGUUAGCCAAGGCAGUCGAGGCUUGCUUUGUUGGGCAAAGCUUUAUUUUUGGAGUGACGAAUUUUGAAAACCAGUGUGGACAUGGUUCUGAUUCCAGUGACUUCUUACAAAGGUGUCGUGACCUCAGAAGAGGAGUCAGAGCACUAGUAGCUUGCCAGAUCAUUCUGCCAGACCCACGUGCUGCAGGCUUCCCUGUCAUUGACUGUUUCCAUCAGUUUCUGCAGACUUCCAGCUUGAGGAGACCGCACUGUGGUUCCCAGGAGCCCAGUAGCCAGUUGCUUUCUUUAGGUCACUCCAGUAGUGACCUCAGCAGCAUCCAUGACCCUAAUAGCCCUUCCUCUUUUGUGGAGUCUUGGACUAGAGAAAACGUUUCGAGAUUCUGGCACCUGUCCCUUGAACUCACCUCUGCUGUUUCACAACUAACAGAUAAGGAUGAUUUGUCAGUUUCAGAACAAAGCCUGGCCGUUGGAACUCCUCACCAAACCAGAAAGUGCCCACCCUUCGCAAAGAUGUGUGGCUCCAGUGAUUGCCGUGGUUCCAGUCAGAGCUCGUGGCGUCUUGUUUCGUACAUGGAUAGAAGAAGUACACCAAAAAAGUCGGGCAAAGAACUUGCCAUACAAGGUCAUCGGCUGAGCAUAGUUCAGAGCAGUUAUCACAAAACCAGAAUUACUAACUCUAAUUUAUUCCCUUUGAAAAUGCAAGAUCCCCUUGAGGGAAGUAGUGUGGUGUCCAUUACAAAUACAUAUUCUCCAGACGAGCUACCAUGUUACCAGCAUCAUGACGUAGACAGCAGUAGCUGUCAAGAGAUGUGUACCUGCUGCUGUUCACUUCCGUUGCUCAGAUCGGAAGAGGUAGCCAAUGGUUCCCAGGACUCUGACCCUGUGGUUUGGGAUGAUCUUCCAUUAUCUGAAAGCCUGGACAAGUUUCUAGCAUUUGUUGAAAGUGAGAUUGCUAAAACCCCAAGAGAUGGCAAGAAUAGGAAACAUAAUAUAGAUGAUGACAUAGAUAAAUCCCAUACAGACUGCACCAGGUUAUCUCUAUCUCCCCAGAGAACUACUGGAGCACUACAACCACCACCCUCAUCUUCAACAUCAUUACAAGCAACACACAAAGCAAACUGUACCACAGACAACUUCCUUUCCCACUGUCGGGCAAAUCAAGGUUCUAGUAUUGAGAAGGAGCCACAGCCAGUUAAUCCAGCAGAUGCUGUCUCCAUAAGCAGUAAUGUAACAGCAGAGACUGUAUCUACAAGCAGUAGUGGAAGAGGUGUUUCACAACAUUGUCUACCAGAACCUUGCCUGUCGCCUAGGUUUCUAUUUUCAGAAGAUUUAAAAACCGUUACUCUUAAGACUGUCAAAGUUAUACCACAUAGAGAUAAAAUUUCACUUACACCCAGUACUUCAGAAAAUGACCAUUACCUUGGUAUUAAAUAUUUUAGUGAAUGUGGAGAAAAGUCACUUUCAGAAGUGAAUGAAAGGCUGACAGCUUCAUAUUCUAAGACAUACAGUGAUGUUUCUGAUCUUUGCAAAUUAGAAAAUAAACACUGUAUGUGGCCGAAGAGCCAACAUGACAGGUUUACAAUUUGUAGGAAACUUACAUAUCCUUUAGAAACUCUUUGCAGUAGUCCAGACAUUAGUACAAACGUACUGAAAGAAAUGACAUGUGGACAGAUGGAUAAUAAUUUAACUCAAAGCUCUCCUGGUCAUGAAAGCAGCUACGAUGCUUCUGCUGAUCUCUUUGGUGAUAUUGCUAAAGAUACAGAAAUUACCAAAAAAUCAAAGGACUUUUCGCUGCAGUGGGAGACUUCUUUGGCAGACAAUCUUGGUAUAUGUGCUGGCGGAGCAAGCCCAGAAAACCAUCUUAAAGAGUCCGGAUUUUCACUAAACUCCGCCCAGUCCUCACAGAAAUUAUCCUUGCAAAGCAUAUCUGCCUUCAGGUAUCCAAGAACAUGUUCUCCUCUGCACCAUCUUCAGUCAGAUUUGGAAUGUGAUCUUGAAGAUAGCCAAAACUUUGUCCCAUGUUCACAGUCAACUCCAGUGACGGGACUCGGCCACACCAGAACUCGUAGGAUGUACGGAUUUAUUAAAAAAUUACCUACACUUUCUGCAAACUAUAAUAAAACGCAAAUUUCUCCUGAAAAUGGCAUACAACAAGCCAUUCCAAGUUGUCUGCAAAACAUAAAAAUACAUAGCAAGAAAUCCAGAAGCCCUGUUGUACCUGCUCUUACACAAGCAGAGACUUUCAUGCACUGUACUGUUGCUGAGUGCGUUGAAAAUGAUGCAUAUGAAUGUGUACCCCCCACCACAACGAAAGGGUUCUGUUCAGAUGCGCUUGGGUUCCAGGUCCUGGGUUUCAGGAAGCGCCUUACUGCCCAUAAUUCCCCUGAGCAGAGAGAGGUACCAAGAAAGAAACUGAAACAUGUCAAACAGAGAACCGAUACCUAUCUCAUUAAGAAGAAGUUAAACAAUAUGUUUACAGCAAGAGGUGCGAAACAGAAAGCUCCUAAAUAUAACUGUAAAAAUUCAGGCCAGAUUUCCAGACGGUCAGUUUUUGGAGUUGAUUCUUUUUCGGAAAAUGAGCUACCUGCAAUGUCUGAGACAAAAAGUGCUUGGUCACCUGAGUUGUUUUCAUAAAAAUUACCUGAGCCCAAUUCCUAAACUUUUAACUAUGGGCAAAUCUUGAAACUUGCCUCUAAUGGGGUGGAACGUACUCUAUACAUUUUGCACACUUAAAGGGGAAACGUGGUCUGGGUUCUGUUGAGUUUUUUUAAAUAUAAAGCAACUGUUCAUGUUUUAUCCAGUAAGCAGUUGUUUCUUUGUGUUUUAUCCAAUACAUUGUGAUUAAAAUACUUAGGCACUUUAUAUUACACUAUUGUAUUUUGGUAAUAUUGUUAAU